UUGGGUUUAGAUUUGUUUACGGUGUUCAUGCUUUCGUUCAUACUCUGACUUCCUGUAUGUGACAUACAGAUUCCUACAGAGAUCAUACUGUACCGUUACAAACAAUAUCUGAUACGUGCAUAAUGAACCCAUGAACAGCUAAAGGAGAAGCAGAGGGCUAUGCCAUCUUUACUGCUGUUUGAUUAACCAUGAUGAAGACUGAACCCCCAUCUGCAGCCAGCGGCAGCACCACCACCACCCUCGUAGCACGAAGCGCCUCUCCGCACAGGAACGCCUAUGAGGCUGGAAUUCAAGCUCUCAAGCCAGUAAAAGAUCCUAGCGCUGCGAACGGAGAGGAUGGGAAACCUCGGCUGCAGGGUCGGGGCCGCAGGUACGGCUCCAAUGUGCACCGCAUCAAGAACAUGUUUAUGCAGAUGGUUUCCCCCGGGGAGGAAGAGGAUCCGUCGAAAACCAUCCGAUUGUCUCUGCCCAGAGCGAGCAGUCUGAACGAAAACGUGGAUCACAGCGCUUUGCUCAAACUCGGUGGGACUGUGUCAGAGCGAGUGAGCCGCUUUGAUGGAAAGAUUGAUGGCAGCGUUUCCCGCGGGCCAGGUUCUGGUUACUCCAAGCUGCAGGAAACACGGAAGAUAUUCGAACAACGUAACUUACAGGAGAAACAGGCUGCAACGAAUCGUAUUCUGUUGAAGAAAGAGCGGGCGUCUGGAUUUCAGGAAAGCCGCCUGGAUGUAUUGGUCCGAUUCAAUGGCAGCACCGAGUCCCUGGACAGGCUGGACUCAGGGGAAUGUCCCGGAGAUGCUGUGUCCCCUACGGUCAGCCAGCUGAGUGCUGUGUUUGAAAAAGCAGACCAACGCAACAACCUUCAUCGACCAUCCUCAACCUCCCCACAGCCUUCUCAUAGUGUGAACCCUACUGCAGGCAAAGUAGAAGAAAGCAACUCCAAAAUCAUCACAAGAAAGGUGCGAUCCUUCUCUUCAACAGAUGAUCAAGAGGAGGGAGCUCAAGUUAAAGAUCAUGAUGGGAGUCUGAAGACCAGGACAGGCGUUCAACCUGAUGGACCCAACAGUAAACCAUCUGAAGAUACGUUGUCUGGUUCAGAUCUAGAUAAGAUCCAGGAUCCAUCACGCACAGGAAAAGAGUCCAAACCUGCAGAGCAUGCAGAUGCAGGGAGCAGACUGGUACAGGCGGAUGUCCACGCUUCGCUGGAAAACGGAGAGGCCAACAGCAGCUCCGAACAAAGAGAGGAAAUCGGAAAGGCAGCUGGAGAGGCCUGUACCGAGGAGGAAUCACACAGAGAGGAUAUCUCAGAAGCAGACCUGGUGGACAUUAGCGCAUAUAGCGGUAUCGGAGAGGACUCCGGUGGUAGCCAGCUAGAUGACGAUGAGGAGCCAGAGGAUGAUGAAGCUUAUGAGCCAGAAUCCAGCUGCUCCGAAAUCCCUGGGCUGCCAGCUGAAGAUGAAACACCUCCUAGCAGGAAGAUUCGUUUUAGUGCGAACCCUAUCAAGGUUUUCACAACAUACUCAAAUGAGGAUUAUGACAGACGCAAUGAUGAGGUUGAUCCUAUGGCGGCUUCGGCCGAGUACGAACUGGAGAAGCGUGUGGAAAGACUGGAUCUCUUCCCUGUGGAGCUGGAAAAAGAUAAAGACGGAUUGGGAAUCAGCAUCAUCGGAAUGGGUGCCGGUGCAGACAUGGGCCUGGAAAAACUAGGAAUCUUUGUCAAGACGGUCACAGAAGGAGGAGCCGCCCAUCGUGACGGAAGGAUCCAGGUGAAUGACCUCAUAGUGGAGGUGGAUGGAACCAGCCUGGUGGGCGUGACCCAGAAUUUUGCAGCAUCCGUCCUGAGAAACACAAGCGGAACCGUCAAGUUUGUGAUUGGCCGGGAGAAGCCAGGGGAGCAGAGCGAGGUGGCCCAGCUGAUACAGCAGACACUGGAGCAGGAGAAAUGGCAGAGAGAAAUGAUGGAGCAACGCUACAACCCCUACAUGGAGGAGGACGAAGAGACGGGUGAAUACGCCACGGACGAGGAGGAAGAGAUGAGUCCCAUGUUUCCCAACGCCAUUGAAGUCUUUGACCUGGCUGAGAAUGAGGACAUGCUUUCUCCUAUGGAGAUGGACCCAGAGAAACUUGCACACAAGUUCAAGGAGCUUCAGAUUAAGCAUGCUGUAACCCAGGCUGAGAUCCAACAGCUUAAGAAGAAGCUGGCUCACGCUGAGCAGGAUAAGCUCCGCUGGAGGAUGGAGAAAGCUCAGCUGGAGCAGACGGUGAGGGAGAAUAAGGAGCGGAUGGAGAAGUUGGAGGGAUAUUGGAUGGAGGCCCAAAGCUUGUGCCAGGCGGUGGAUGAGCACCUGAAGGAGACGCAGACGCAGUAUCAGGCACUGGAGCGCAAGUACAGCAAAGCCAAACGCCUCAUCAAAGAGUACCAGCAGAAAGAAAUUGAGUAUCUAAAAAAAGAAACUGCUCAGCGCAGAGCACAAGAAGAAACCGAGGCCAGUCACAAGGUGGAGACAGAAAACCUCCAGGAAAAGAUUACCGACUUGGAGUCAAAGGUGGGCGCUUUGAAGAACCUGGAGCCUUCGUAAGCUUUCCAUCGGGGGGAAGCGAUGCAGCGAACGAAAGAACCCCGCCCACUCUACGCCCCGCCCACAUUCUCCCUCUGUGACCUGAAGCCGAACUGACGAACUGCAGGAAACACGGUGAGGUGGAGUUAUCGGGAAACGGGAGUGGACAAACCAAACACACAAACACUGUACCAGACGCCUGACGGACGUCUACCCAUCAGGCCCUUUUUUAUAUAGCCAUUUAGUCACGAUUUCCUUGUUUCUUUUUAAGCGUCCUUAAAAGUAUCGCAGGCCGUUCUUCCCUCGGCAGGAAUGUAGUCUCCGAACGUCUCCGGUUAAUGGAACUCAGCAAAAGCUUGUGCACAGACAGAACGGACGUCACCUUUUCCCAAGCGCGCCGUUAAUCAGGAGACGGUCGAAGCGAGGGGCGAUCUGUAUAGCAGCGAUUGACGAACUGUUUGUAUAUAUUCUUGCAUAUAUUUAAAUAUUAAAACCGCUUAAGCAAUGUGCCGGGGGGAAGGGGGUAAGGGCUUUUACCUUUCACACAAAGGCAAGUACAUGGUCGAAAA